UUUGCAGGUUUGCUUCCGGGAUACAUAAAAGGGACUUUACUCAUGGUACUCUACCACUCUGCAUGACACAGCCAGUGCUAGUAUAUGCUGAUUUUCUCAAUGUCGGGGGGUAAACUCCUGAUGAGCGGAUGAAGAAACACAUUUUGCUUUUAUUUACAUUCAGAGGACUAGUGAGGAAAGGGAAAAAGGGUAAAAAGAGAAAAUGGCCAUGUUUAUAUUACGCAAAGCUGAACCCAAGGACGUGUCUGAUAUCCUGCGACUCAUAAAGGAACUUGCUAAAUUUGAAGAAAUGGAGGAGCAGGUCAUACUGACAGAAAAAGACCUACUUGACGAUGGUUUUGGAGAUCAUCCAUUCUACCACUGCUUGGUUGCCGAAGUCCCAAAAGAGCAGAGCUCCGAUGGGCACACUGUGAUUGCCUUUGCCAUGUACUACUUUACAUAUGACCCUUGGAUCGGGAAGCUCCUGUACUUGGAGGACUUUUACGUCAUGGAUGAGUUUCGUGGUCUCGGCAUUGGUUCAAAAAUCCUGCAGGAACUCAGUGAGACGGCAGUGAAGACUCGGUGUAGCAGCAUGCACUUCAUUGUUGCAGAAAACAACACCAAGUCUAUUGAGUUCUACAAGCGAAGAGGAGCAACUGACCUCUCCUCUGAGGAGGGCUGGCGGCUUUUUGCGAUUGAAAAGCGGGAUCUGUUGAAAAUGUAUGCAAAAUAGAGGUUGACGGUUGAUUUACUUGUGCUGACUAUCGGUGAUAAUCCUGUUUUUUCUAUUUUUAUCAGUCUUCUGAGUCCUCUAUAGUCUGAAUAAAUAAUUUUAGCAAUCAAAUGAUAUCUUUGCUAAUAAACACCUUUUCCUUAUUUCAGUUAAUUUAAGAUUCUAAUCUAAAAAAUGUAAAACCUCUGUUGAUCAGUAAAUAAACAUUGAAACAUUGAA